UACUUGUAGAACGUAAUCGGUCACCAUAGGAACCGGGACCGAUUUGGUGUCAACCCUUUCGAAAUUCAUGAGUGCGCUUUUUCAGAUUUUAUGCAGCUACCAAAGCAUGUUACGGAGAGGGAUAAUAACAAUGGACUAGCUUGCUAGCUAGAUCUCAACAAAUGUAUGGAUCCUUAGACUUCACUUGUGCAUUGUUGUACAAUUUCAGGGCUAAACUUCCUCGCCUGAAGAACAUUAUAGGGUGUUAUUUAUUAGCCAACAUGGCUGAGGAUAGCGAGUGGGUUGUGGAGAGCAUCGCUGGAUAUUUGUCAAGUCCCGAAUGGGUCAUACCAGUUACGGACUUCAUGGAAAGCAAAUGUACAGUUUUUGACGACGAAGAUGAGAAUAAAUUGACUUAUACAGAUAUUCAUCAGCAGUACAAGCAUUUGGUGGAGAAGUUGUUAGAAACCUACAUGCAAGAGGUUGGCAUCAAUGAGCAGCAGUUUUUGGAGGCAUGCUCCUCUCCUUUCGCCAAGUCCAAAACCUUACAGGCUGUAUUCCAUCCUGUCCUGGCCACAGAUGACUUCCAGAUGUUCAGGGCUCUCAUGGUACAGAAGAAUAUGGAGCUGCAGCUCCAGGCGCUGCGUGUCAUUAAAGAGAGAAAUGGCGCUCUACCUGAGUGUCUCACAGAUGGAGCAGAUGUGAUGAGUGAGCUGGAGAAGCAGGAGCUGAAGAUUCUUCAGGAGGUGCUCAAGAUGUCAAAGGAUGAAUAUGACCAAGAGAUGGCUCUGAGACUGCAGUCAGAGGAGGAGAUUGGAUCCACGUCCAGAAGUUGCUCUGAUAGGCCACUUCUAGAAGCAGCCAGCAUCCAGACGACAGCCUCCACUCAACAGACAAACACCACCAACAAGGUGAACAGUUCAUCUCAGAGGAAAGAGCCUGCUGUAGCUGGUGGUGGGCAGAUAAGUCCAGCCAAGACCAGCACAUCUGCCCUUUCUAAGUUGCCAUCAGAGCGGCACAGUGCAGAGCCAAGGAUCCUGCCUGCAGUGAGGGUUCCAGUGAAGGGCACCGAGCCUCCGGCUGUCUCCAGGGAGAAGGGGAGCAGCAGCCAGGCUGCAGAGGGAUGGAUAGAGGAGGCACGUAAGGAGGCUGGCAUCUCCAAGCCAUUCACAGAGUUGUCAGCAGAGCAGCAAGAGCAACUCCAGCAAAGGGCACUGUACCUGAGGCAGCAGAGGGACAAGCUUCAGGCCAUGAAAAAAGAGCAGAGACCCAAACCAGCCACACCAGAAACCCCAGCACCCACUCCCAGCACACCGGACGAUGGUCCCAAAAUGAACGGGGGUGGUGCUAGUAUAAAUGAAGAGAGGGUCAAUGCACCCCAGCCUGUGAGCUCUCCUUUGGGGGGACAGGAGAAGCAGCCCAAGGAGAUCUCUGUCGAAGAAAAAAAGAAGUUGCAGAAAAGAAAACAUCUGGCAGAAAAACUGAAAGAGGAAGUCAUCAAAAAGUAAAACUGCAAUAUAUCCCCCCCAGAGUGUAACUGUAGUCCAACUGGACCAUCAAUUCAUUGGGAAGCUGAGAUGGACUGUGCUUGUGAAGGGGCAACAGGAAAUGUGCAUUUGUAAUGGAAUGUAGUAUUUCAAUGGUUAUUGAUAGUCUUAAAGGGAAUGACACAUUGGUUUCCUUACUCUAUAAGCAGUCUAUGGGCAAGGUGACAACAAUCCAUGCUUUGGUUUAGUUUCCCUGGCACUGAUUUGGAAAUUAUGCACAAACUAUUCUAAUAUUGGUCCAAUGACUUGAAUAUGAUUUGUUCCACAAAUGGUCAAAUGUUAGCAUGUGUUAACAGUGCCAGGGAAAUUGUUUUGCUGUCAUACCUGGUCUAUAGACUGCUUACAGGGUAAGGAAACAAAUUUAAUUUUGUAAUUUGGGUGAACUAUCCCUUUGUAUAAUAUGUGGUUUAAUAAAUAUAUUUUAAAGAAAAUGUCAA